AUGAACUUAACAAAAACCAGACUCUUGGAGUUGGUUAAAUACGUUGGACACCUGUACACAUUUUCGAUUCAGGAGGAGCGUCCAGGCGACAUAGAUCUCUUUCAGAAAAUUCUGGAGAGCGCCUACGAUGACAAUAAACCCAGGCUUUCCAUACUAGCAGAAGAUGAAAAUGCGUUGAACAGAACUGCUGAUCACGCUGUCCUGAACGUCUACUUCGGAAAUCCUGUAGCAAUGAAACUCGAGCACGAUGUGCAAUAUUAUUGGGCAUUGUGGAUUACAGUUCACGUCGUCGCACUUGCGGCAUUCGCAUUUAUGAUUCUCGACACUACAGAGCAUUACAAAAAUACUCCAACGGCGACGCAUAUGGCAACGGACAUGUUUCCGAUAAGUGAAAUUAAUUUUCCAGCUGUGAGCGUUUGUAAUAUGAAUCUCAUUAGUAAAAGAAAGGCGACGACAUUUGUAGAAGGAUUAUUGCAUAAGGAAAGGAUUAAAUCAAUGAACUUAACAAAAACCAGACUCUUGGAGUUGGUUAAAUACGUUGGACACCUGUACACAUUUUCGAUUCAGGAGGAGCGUCCAGGCGACAUAGAUCUCUUUCAGAAAAUUCUGGAGAGCGCCUACGAUGACAAUAAACCCAGGCUUUCCAUACUAGCAAAGUUCACCUCAGAUGGCCACUGUUGUGCUUUCAAUUAUGCUAGAUGGAGGGAUCAUUUUUCAAGUAUUCAGGACGAUAAUUUCGUUGCACCCGUCCUGAAAUCAGAAAUACAGGGCUCAGAUUUUGGACUCUGGCUGAUGCUCGAUGCAAACGCUGAAGAUUAUUUUUAUCAACUGCUUCCCAUGGUCGGAUUCAAGGUAAUGAUCUACCAUGCCACUGAUUUUCCUGAUCCACCCAGCGGUAGCACGAGGGAGGUGUUAGUGAUGACUGGCAGGGAAACAUUACUCAAUAUCGGAGCGCGCGUUUUCGAUACUACAGAGGAUGUUAAGAACAUCGACGCAUCUCAUCGCAAUUGCCGCUUCAAAUCCGAAUUAAAUGAGAAAUUCAGUGGGCAGUAUUCGUUCAGCGAUUGCAUCAUAGAUUGCCGAGUCCGUGACAUCAUAGAUAAAUGCGGGUGCAUUCCGUUUUUCUACCCUCGUCCCAAUGGCCACGCUAGAUGGUGGGGAAUGGCUCCAAUAUUCGACAAAGGUGAGUCCUAUCCUACGGGAGCAUUCUCGGAAAUUCCAGAGGGUCAUAUGACCUGUCCGUGCUAUCCCGCUUGUAAUAACAUCGAUUACACUGUUUCCGUGAGCUACGGAAAAAUGAGGGAUAAAUUUAUUGUUUGGGACACAGCUGUACAGGCAUUGAACAGAACCACUGACCACGCCGUCCUGAACGUCUACUUUGGUGAUUCUGUGGCGAUGAAACUGGAGCACGAUGUGCAAUAUUAUUGGUAUGAAUUGAUGAGUGAUUACGGAGCGCUCUGCAGUGUAUUCCUAGGCGUGAGCCUCACGAGUUUAAUAGAAGUGAUCUAUAAAUUAUCCGGACGUCUCUUCGCCAGGCGUAAAAAAAUCAAAGGAGCAUCAGCCAAAGUCGCACCAAUGGACGAAAGACUCAUCGCCAUCGUUUUGGAAAAAGAUCCUCAAAUCUACUGGCAGGAGAUUAACUCCGGGAAUCCCAGCCUCCACCCUUUCGUUCAAUUCCGUAGAAUAAAACUGGGUAUUUUCUUCGAUUAUCGCAAUUAG